AGAUGAGGUGAGUGUUGAUUGAGCAUGUAACUCAAAUUGAGAAUCAAUACAAUGAGAUAACGUUGUUUAUUUCAUCUGAACCAUUUCAGACACAACAUGUUAUCUUCUCAAUCGAUGUCAUUUCUUCUGAUCGUCGUCUGGCUUUACGAAUUCUUCAAAUGCCAGGAUCUUUGUGAAGAACGUGAAUGGAUGACUUUGGAAAAAGUAAUUUUUGAAAACCGGUCAUAUCGAUAUUCUCAGCACUAUAUGCAUUUACAGAGCAUCAGUAUUAACCAGUCUCAGCCAGCUGUGAAUGGAAGUUUCAGUAGACGCAAUGAUGGUACGUUAGUUAAACCGAAAAUGUCGUUUAAAUAUUACAGUAGUCAGCUCACAACUUUCUAUUGUUCCCUUUCUGGUGGAAUAAGUAUGCACGGACAAGACAGGUUAGGAUAUAUUAGUCCGUUUCGUUCAGACAAUACAUAUCCUGAAUUUGAGAUUUCGGAUGAGAAGGAAUUACUUGCUGUCAGAUGGUUUAUUAAUAAAGACGUUGAUGGUAAACAGUUUACAGCCAAGGUAACUUGCCUAAUACAUCCAAAUGGGAAGAUAAUGUUGUAUUAUGAUAACAUUCCAACGGAAAUUAAAGAAGUUGAAUGGAAACCGAAAAUCGCCGGUAUAUUUGGAUGUGGAGGAAAUGAAACAGUAUCUGAAAUAAUUACUCCUGAAACAUGGAUCAACAGUGGAACAUUGGUGGAAUAUGAAGCUGUCAGAAACUAUUGUCCAAAAUACACUUCGCCUAAAGCAUGCCAACGGGCAACAACAUCGAAUAUAACUUGUUUUUGGUGUGAUAAGGCGAACAUAUGCAUUGAUAGUACUGACCAGGAUGCUCAUAACAUGAAAGUUAAUAACUGCCGUGUUAAGAACCCAGAUGUGAAUGGUUUGAGUACACAAACUACAGAAAAAAAUGAUCAACACUCGAACAUGAUUACUGAAGAGAAUCUAGAGAAGAAAUCAUCUCGCAGAACCCAGAUGUGAAUGGUUUGAGUACACAAACUACAGAAAAAAAUGAUCAACACUCGAACAUGAUUACUGAAGAGAAUCUAGAGAAGAAAUCAUCUCGGUACUUGUAUAUAGUGAUUCCUUUGAUCAUCACUUUCUUUGUUGUAUGUGUUGGUUUUGUAAUUUGGAAACGGCUACAUAAAAGAAACAGAAGUGAAGAAUGAUUCUCAGAAACGUCUUUUAACUUAUUUUUAUUAUUCCAAAUUGUUUUCAUUUAGUACUUCUUUAGAACACUUUCCAUAUUGUUAUUCACUUAAAUAGUUUGGAAUUAUGUACAUUCUUAUGGUUCUUUACGUAAUAACUUGUGUAAUCUUAUUGACAAAAUAUAGAACAUGAUUUUUACUAUUUGCGUAAUUUUCUUCAUUGAAUAGAAACUGUGUAGCGUUAAACAAAUCCAAAAACCAAAUAGCUCUGUAAGCUUUCGACAUUGAAUGCUGACCAUAUUAGUUUU